CACACACACACACACACAGGCGGGCUGGCUGCCCUCAGCCCGAGCCACUGGCGGGCGAGCUGUGUUCGCGGCAGGACGCACCCUGCGCCGCCCGCCCUCGCAAACCACUUGUUGAUCCCUCAUACGCUUCGCUCACCGAAUGUCGCGCGCGCUCCUCCGCUUCGCUCGGUCACCUGUUCCACUCAUACUCUAUGAUGUAUAUUCUUGUCUGUGAUGCGUGCUCACUUCUGUCCACGUCCCCUGAAUACGCUUUAACGUCUUCCUAUCUGUGUUGUUGUUGUUACGGACUGGAGCGCGGGGCGCAGUAGGCGCGGUCGCGGUUAACUUAUUGUAACUUUUGAAAUAUAUUUAAAGUGUUGUUGAUAUCUCAAUUCUAUGUUACCUGUUAACUAUUGUAGAUAUUUGUAUCCAUUUCUUAAUAAAUAAAUAUUUAACGUCGCUGUAAUACUUAUUAACGUCGUGCGGGAAGCUGCGGCUCAGAUUCCCUGACGAAGCUACUCUCCUUUAAAAUAUACGCUGUUUCGACAAUACGUUCAAAGGAAACCAGGUUUCUGGUGAUGCUCUUUGGACAAAAUAUAUACCAACUCUUUGAUGUGAUAUAGUAGCAGUGAUGAUCCCUGACCUAACGUUCUGCCCCAAUGCCCUGGCUUACGACAUGCCCCAGUCUCCUUCACCGCGUCUCCGCCAUUACAGGACGAUGACGGCGAUAUGUUUCGUGUGCAACCUGCCGAUCCUCUCCCACCAAGUGGGGCUGGUGUGGGCGGGCGGCAACGGCUGGGACGAGCUGACGCGGUCCACUCUAGAGGAGAACACGCUGAGGCAGCGGCUCGGCAGCCGGCGCGACUCCGCGGCGCAGGUGUCGUGCCUGUCGCCGCCGGAGCCCGACCCCGCCGAGCAACGAGGUGGCACCCGCCGGCGCCGCUCAUCACUCGCUCAGCUGACAGACAUCCUCCGCGAAUGGGGCGGCGGCGGCACCAACGCGCCUCGCCUGAAGCGCGCCCCGCUGUCCCGGCGGGAGACGCUGGCAGACCUGGCCCGGUCCAUGCCCUGGAUGCGCCACGAGCCGCCCCCGCGCCGCCGCCGCGACUCCUCCGCCGACUCCGGCAUCAAGUCCAUGGCCUCCAAGCGCCGAGACUCAAAAAUUGCCCCAGAUUUCCGGGCAGACUUCCCAGCGAACUGGGAUCGAAGGGACUCCACAACCAUAGCGCCCAGUAAAGAGAGGCGCAUAAAACGACGCAGCUCCGGCGAUGACCAUCAUAAAGAUCGCCGAGAUUCAGUAGACGGGCACAGGCAUAGACGGGAAUCGGUGAUAACACCGUCCCCUAGAGUCGUUUCUGCUCAGAGAAAACGACGAGGUUCGCCUCCGAAUCUCGCACCGCCAUCGUUUGUUGAUGCGUCUUCAGAUCCAGGCCCGUCGACGCUUUCGCCGCCUGUAACAGUUGUAUCGGUUCCCGAGCCGAGUAAAUCUGAUGGAGAAUGUCAAUCGACAUCACUUCCGAUGCCGACAAUAAUAACAUCAGCCGUCACACCAUCACCCACAUCACCGACACCACCCAGCAGCUCGCAUCAGGGGACGCAGGCUACUCCUGCUACAGGCUCCAUCUCUCCUAGUGGCCGAACUCCGCCUAGCCUCGGAAGUAGGAGAGAUUCAACCACCCAGUGUGGUCGGGCCCGCAGGGACUCCAGAGCAGCUGUGAGUCCCGAGCGUCGGCUAGGAAGACUUCGAAGACAAGCUACUGCUUUUGAUGAUUCAGACCCACCAGGAGCCCGACGCAGGGAUUCGGGUCCAUCUUUGGAGCCGGAGGACAAAAAUAAUGCUCGACGAGAUUCCCUAAGCCCGGAUUCGGCGGCCCGUCCGAGACGUGAGCGUUCUCAGCUGAGUCCUGAUCGGUCUGGUGGUGGGGAACUGAGUCCAUCGGCGGCGCGACGCAAGAAGCGCCUGCAGCGUCAAGCUUCAUGCGCUCGAGUCGGGCGCGCGCGCAGCCCGGAGUCCAGCUCGUGCUCGAGUCGCGACCCGAGUCCGUGCGCGAGGCCCCCGGAGCGAACCAUCAUCCGUCGCCAGUCAACUACUGAGGAGAUCCUGAUCGCCCGCGGGUUCCGCCGGCAGUCCACCACCGAGGAGAUGAUCCGGUGCCGCAACUUCCGCCGGCAGAGCUCCCAGAGCGACGACGCGUGCAUGCGCGCGCGCGGCCGCCGCGACUCCAGCACGCAGAUCCUCGACGGCACCUUCGCCACCAUGACCGUCGAGACCACCAGCACGUUCUUCGACUCCAGCACGCAAACUGAGCCGUCGCCGCUGUACGACAACAACCACUACCACGAGGAAUGUCUGCGCUGCAACUCCUGCGGCCUGAACCUCACCGGGCCCAACCAGAAGCGCGCCCGCCGCUUCAAGAACCAGAUCCUGUGCGACCUGCACUUCGCGGACGUGGCGCUCAUGGAGUGCAGCGACUUCAUGCAGCAGCUCCGCAGCUUCAAGCCGCAGUCGCUGGGCUGCGCCGUCGCCAGGCGCAAGUCUUCUACUACCCUCAUCUUUCCGCUACCGCCGCAGGCUUGCUCAGACGAGUUCUGCGAGGAGCACCCGCACAACCUGUUCGUGACGCCGGGCUACUGGAUCGAGUGCUCGCGCCAGAAGAUCGCGUCCGACACCAUCUGGGACGAGUCCGAGUCCGAGCACGGCAGCCUGCCCGACCGGGAUGACUCCGAUCACCACAAGCGGUCCGGUUCCCUGGACGAAGAGGCCGAGGACGGGGACAACGGGUCCACGCCCAGGAAGAAAACCGCCAUCGAGGAGCAAUGGGAGCGGUCCGGAGGGUUCGAGCUCACCUCCGUCGAACAGGAGACCUACGAGAAGUACUUCUACGGAACAGAACAUUGGAACUAUUUUACAAACGACGAGGACCUCGGCCCGGUCAUACUGUCCAUCAAACAGGAGACGCUCAAUUCGAGGGAUCAGUUCAGGAUCCUGGUGCGGGCCAUCAGCUACACGGUCCACGGGCUGAUCCCGGCGUCGUGCGUGUUCGCGGACCGCUACAACCGCGAGGAGGUGGUGCGCUCGCUCGGCAAAGAGGUCAACAUCAACCCGCCGCUCAUGCUGGGACAGCUGCCGGAUACGCCUGAGGAACUGCUCAAGUUGGACCAGGUGUUCAUAAAGUCGGAGCUGAAGGUGGGCGUGAUCUUCGUGAAGGAGGAGCAGAGCUCGGAGGAGGACAUCCUCGGCAACAACGAGAACUCGCCGCUGUUUGAUGAGUUCCUGCAGGUGUUGGGGGAUAAGGUCCGGCUUAAAGGCUUCGACAAGUACAAGGGCGGACUGGACACUGUCCACGACCUCACGGGAUUAUACUCCGUGUAUACCAACUGGCGCGGCAUCGAGAUCAUGUUCCAUGUGUCCACGCUAUUACCCUACGAGCGGCACGACCCUCAAAAGCUGCAGAGGAAGAGACACAUAGGGAACGAUAUCGUCUGUGUGGUGUUCCUGGAAGCGGACAAUACUACGUUCUCGCCUGCCUGCAUUAAGAGCCAUUUUCUGCAUACGUUCAUUUUAGUGCGGGUGUCGGCGCGGAUCAAGCGGCGUCCCACGCGCUACGAGAUCUCCGUGGUGACCCGGGACGAGGUGGGGGCCUACAAGCCCUACCUCUGGGAGCAGAGCGUGUUCGACAAAGGCCCAAUGUUCAGAGAGUGGUUACUAACGAAAAUCGUGAACGGCGAGCGAGCUUCGUACUCUGCGCCCAAGUUCGCGCGAAUGCAGGAACGAACUAGAAGCCAGAUGCUGGAAGACAUAGUGGCCAACCUACAGAACCAUGCGGAGACGGGGCAGAUCCCCAAACCUUAUAGAAGAGGUUCAUGGCGCCCUAUUGGCCACAUGCGGCCUUCUUCCCCGCUUCUGGAUUCAGUGAGAGAUCAGUUCGAAGACUACGACCAACUAGCCAAAGAUUUCACGAGAGUGUUUCUGAAUAGUGACGCGAAUAUAUCGAUAAAUGCCCAGCUGUUCGACGUGGUAUUCUUAGUGGGGCAGUCGAAGCAGAAGACCAAGUUUAUCGGUGUGAGAGCUAUUUUGGGAGUUCGCAGCAGGGUGUUCCAAGAGAUGCUAUACGGCAUCCAGACGGGGUUCGGCUCGCCGCAGGUGCCGGUGGCGGAGCUGCUGGCGCGGCCGGCGCCCACGCUGCUGUCGCCCACGCCGCGGCAGAAGAGCAGCAACUUCCUGCAAGUGCCCGAUAUUGAGUCGCCGAGGCCAAAAAGUGUGCCAAGUUCGCCGAUGGUGAAGCGAGCGUUUUCUCGCCUGGGCACCAUCACGGCCGGCUGGGGACGGUCCAUACGGAAGCAACACUCACACCUCAGUGCUGAGGAUAAGAAGAAAUGGGCCAGCUCGCAGGAUUGCUCUAAUAAAGAGGCAAAAGACAAAGAAAAGGAAAAGAAUGCUGCCCUAGCGGUUCCAAGACUAUCCGUAUGCGCCGACGCACAGAAAGUUGACAGAGCCAAACUAGCACAGACUGAGUUCUCAAUAAUCGAGUUCGACCCUGAAACGUUCCGCAUCCUGCUGGACUACCUUCACACGGGCAGCUGCCCGCUCACCUGCGCCUCCAUCCCGGGGCUGAUCUGCGCCGCCGAGCACUACGACCUGCCCGAGCUGCUGCAGGCCUGCUUCCACCACGCCAAGCAGUUUCUGAGGAUAGAAGUGGUGUGCACGAUGCUGAUAUCACUGGAGAACUACUACUGGCGGUACACGUCGGCGUCGGAGCUGGUGAACAUGAUCCUGGCGUUCGUGGAGCAGCGAGCCUCCGCGCUGUUCCAGACGCCCGAGUUCCUCAACCUGUCCGAGUCCAUGGUGCAGAUGAUCAUGUGCCGCAGCCUCGAGGUGCCCGAGGUCCGGAAGUUCGAAGCGAUGCUCAACUGGGCGCGCAACAAGAUACAGAAGUCUAAAUCAGCGACAACAAAGACUGACGUCAAGAAUGAAUUCAAAUGCACGAUGGAGCGGCUGGCGCGGGACCUGAAGCUGCACCGGAUCUCGCCGCAGGAGCUCAUUAAGGUGGUGCUGCCAUCGAAGGCGAUCAAGAACGAGAGGAUCCUGGAGACGCUGAUGUACCAGGCCAACUCGGGCAUGUACCGCAUCCAGGACAGCUACAUCGAGGCCUGCCAGGAGCGCCUGCAGAAGCAGGACUCGCGCUUCUCGGAAUGGGAAAGCUUCGACUACGGGGUCUGAGCGGAGCUGUGAGGAAUAUCAGUGUAUUAGAUAGAUAUAUAAACAGUGACUGGGUACCUCCUUCUCACAUUGUGGUAUGUUGACGCCUUCUAAAGUAUUAUUGUUAUUAAUGUACUCGAGUAGACGAGCGAGAAACCAUUGUACACUUCUCGUAUAUUCCUUGUUGUUGUUUAUUGAUACCUAUAUUUUUUACAUGUAGUCGUGUUCAUCAAUAUUCAUCUCUAUUUUUUGUAAUAACCACGUUUGACAUGUUUGGCGGAAUUGCAAUAAGAAUUGUCAUUGCUGGUACAAAAUUUUAUAUCCCUUCUGUGAUCCACAAUAGUGAGAACAAAUAUAACAUUUAUAAAUAUGAAUCUAGCAAGAGAAUAUACCUAACAUAAUGAUGUACCUACUUAAUAAUCAGUUAACCAUACUUCUUACACGUCUGUUUUAUCCCAUUAAUGAAAUGUAAGUAAGUAGUUUUAUAUCCAAGAUCGACUGAUUCUUAUUUCAGUUGACAUGUUCUAUUUUGAACGAUAAAGUAUUGAAGAUGUUCUAUGAUAAAAUAUAUCUGUGUGUUCAGCUAGGAAAAUAAUAAAGGAAAUUAACUUUACAGAUUGUCAGCGUGUAGUUUUAAUUGUGCUUAAAAGCUUUCAAAGUUCAACAUUACUUUUAUUAUUUUCGUAGAAUCAAAAACUGUAGCAGAGAAAUAUGUAUUGACGUCCGUAAAGUGUGAAAUAACAAAAAAAAUAUCUGUUGUAAUAAUUGUUGUUGUUAUAGCCGAGCGCACUUUCAUUAUAAACACUCCUCAAACUAUUAAUUGCAGUUAUAAAAUAAAAUAAAUACGUUCUCUAGGAAAUUUGUUCAUUAGAAUAGAUAAAUCCGUUGAUAGAGUACUUACCUAAAUAGGUAUCUAUAUUUUCCUGUUGAUAUAUCGCAAUACUAAACUUCAUUAAAACUAUUCUUUGUUUGGUUUAUAAAGGUAUUUACUGCCUUUCUAGAUAUUUACUCAUAUUCAUUAUUGUCUGUCGCUGUUUCCUGGCUUUAUCCAGUGUUCAUCGACAAUUUACUUACAAUAAGUUUACACCGUUUACGCUUAUUAAUCUCAAAGUAAAUGAAUAAAUGUGUAAUAAUAAAUAUAGCAAUCUUCCUUCCCAUUCCGUGUGUAUUCUUUUUUUCUGUGAUUUGUGCUUAUAGAUUGCGUUUCUUAGAAUCCUGUAAAACAAAUAUAAAUUUUGUAUGCGUACCGCACUAUAUAAUAUUAUGUAUAAUCA